AGAUUUUAUCAGGACGGAAAUAUUCAAAUUCUGUUAGAGACGUUUAGAUCAACAUCAUCACACAGACAGACCGGAGCCAGGAGAGAGAGAGUGUGUGUGAGUGUGUGUGUGUGUGUGUGUAGGUUAAAGGGGCUGUGAGAUCUGCACACACUUCGCAGCUGAGUUUGUGGCCGUGAUGGGCUGCUCUCUCUCGGUGAAGGACCCGGGCUCCGGGCCGCCGGGCGGUGCUGAGGACGGGGGGGAGGAUGAGGUGGCCCAGGUGAGUCUGAGCGCGGAGGAGCGGCAGGUGAUCAGACGGAGCUGGACUCAGAUGCAGGAGGACAUUAGCAGGGUUGGCGUCAUCAUGUUCCUCAGGUUGUUUGAGACUCACCCUGAGUGUAAAGACGUCUUCCUCAUGUUCAGAGACCUGGACGAUCCUGAGGCUCUGAAGGCCAGCAGAGACCUGAGAGCCCACGGACUCAGGAUCAUGUCCGUCAUUGAGAAGAUCGUGGCCAGGAUUGACCAGGACGAGCGUGUGGACCAGCUGAUCCUGGAUCUGGGCAGGAAGCACUACCACUACAAGGCCCUGCCAAAAUACUUCACAUUUGUGGGGGCGGAGUUUAUCCGGGCGGUGCAGCCAGUCCUGAGGGAGCGCUGGAGUCCAGAUCUGGAGGAGGCCUGGAAGACUCUGUUCCUGUACAUCAGCAGCACCAUGAGGAGAGGCUUCAGGCAGGAGGAGGAGGAGGAGAGGCUUUGAGGAGGAAGAGGAGAGGAGGAGAGGCUCUGAGGAGGAGGAGAGGAGGAGGAGGAGGAGGCGUUUCUAGUUUCACUCGAGGUUUAAGGUUUUGAAUGUUUUUGUCGAUGUAGCAUUCUGCUGUGAGCUCUUAUUUUGAAAUCGCUGUGUUUCAUUACCUGUUGAAACAUCUGUUUCCUGUUGGUUGAUAAAAGAAUAAAUCUUGAUUAAUCCAUCAGCUGCUGUGUUUUGAUCCAGAUGUUCUGCAGCUGUUUUCUAGAAGAAGGUCAGAGGUCAAAGAGACGUGAAGCAGCAGAGUGCAUGAAAUCAGUUUAUUACAAAUGAGGUGGUGAUACAGAGAAAUCCAGUGGGUGAUGAACACAUGAGUCCAGACGUGAGAGGAUGAUGAAGAACUCAGGACUUUUAUUCUGGUAGAAACAACCGUCACAUGAUUGAUGCAUAAAAAAGGUUUCAGAAUAAAUAUGAGCCGCGCGUUCUAUAGCUUCUCAUGCACUGUAACAAAAACACAAACUGCAGGUGGACCGCUCUACCUGUCACCUGUAGCAGCAGCAGUUACAUCAUCACAGCAUCAGCCAAUCAGGUUUGUGAUGUGGGCAGGUGAUAAAUUAAUACAUUCUGGACGGCGGCAGAGCACGAACACACAACGACUGAAGAAAUAAAUCCAGAAGAAUCUCAGCUCAACCCAUCUCCACAAAUGAAAAAGUGCACAUUUGGUGAACUAGCCGCAAACUCUCACCUGCCUCAAGCUACAGGAAACAUGCACUUUACAAAAUAAAAGCCUGAAAUAUUCAGUUUCUCCACACAGACACUUAGACACAGCUCAGUGAAAUCCUCCCUUUCUCUGUUUCAGCUGCAGUCGGUUAGCUUAGCUUAGCACGACAUCCACCUUCACAUGAUUUUAUAAGAUUAAAAUGUCUGAGAGGAGAGAUGAGCCUGUCAGUCCAAACUGAGGGAUUCACCUGAACACAGCUGCUCAGACCUGAUGUUAACCACAUCUCAGUGGCCUGACUAAAAA